UUUUUUUUCUCCCAGCUCACCGCUCUGACCGCUCAUCCUCGAAAUCUAUCAAAAAAAAAACUUAAACAGCAGUGGGGGGAGGGCCCACCUUCACUUCAACAUCCUCAAAAAAACAACUUGUCUUCAGUCUUGUCUAGGUGGUCCCGACCAGAUCAAUGCCCCCUCCCCUGUAUGCAGCUUGGGGAUUACGUUGGACACAUUCGUUCUUCUAAAAUAAAGAGUAAAUAAGACAAAUGAUUUAUCUACGUGCGAUAUUCGUUUUCGCGUUUUGACGACUCUUAACUCGCAUCCGCCAAUCGCUUGAAGUGUGAGGCAUUCGCUAUUGUCUAUCACUAGUUCUGGUGUUUUUGUUUUUUGUUUUUAUUUUUAUUUUUUUUCCCUCGAAGUCCACCCCACAGGGUCCCUCUUCUGUCGACCGACAUAUCCGCAACAAAAUCACCGUUAAACGCACCGAGCCCAACGUACCGACCCCUCCUGUAUUCGGACUUCUAGCGGACAUUUUCGACCUAAAUAUGAACGAACCCGAGGCCAAUGCCCCUCCCACAGAUAUUGGAGAUACAACAAAGUCUACCACAGCCAUGGUGCCUCAAGUUGAGAAACCCAAUGCGAGUGCGGUUCGACCGCCGGUGAAAUCGCGGAGCUCAAUGAACGGUCCCUUGUACAUGCAGACCAGCCAGAAUAAGGUCUUAGUCCGGAGAGUGAAGAGGAAAGACGAAGGACCCAUGAGGGCCCUGGCUCGCUGGUUUCUCGAGAAUCAAACGGGCCUCUCAUUCAACUUGAUUACUUUAAUCUUCCUUACGCACAUAUGUCUUCCAAAAGCACGCCCUCACACCUCCAAAUUUUUUACCCUCUCCUACUACAGCCCGGAAUCCGGAAAAUAUGGCAUUGGAUCGAAUGACUAUCACUUCAUUUCGUUCUGCAUAGUUCUCUUCACAGGGCUGCGCGCCUUCUUGAUGGAACAGCUACUAGCACCCUUAGCCAGACAAUGGGGUAUUUCCAAGAGGAAAGACGUUACUAGGUUUUCUGAGCAAGCAUGGAUGUUAGUAUAUUACAGCGUCUUUUGGACGCUCGGCACGUACAUAUAUGCCAAUUCACCCUACUUUCUCAACAUGAAGGAGCUUUGGACUGGCUGGCCGAACAGGGAACUCGAUGGGCUUAUGAAGGGCUAUAUACUGGCGCAAUGGGCCUUCUGGGUUCAGCAAGUCCUUGUUAUCCACAUCGAAGACCGCAGAAAGGAUCAUUAUCAAAUGCUCACCCAUCACUUUAUCACGAUCACGCUCAUUUCGGGAUGCUACUACUAUCAUCACACUCGAGUCGGCAAUCUCAUCCUGGUUCUCAUGGAUGUAGUAGACCUGUUCCUCCCACUGGCCAAGUGCUUGAAAUACUUAGGGUUUUCGAAACUAUGUGAUGCCACCUUUGUGGUUUUCAUGGUGUCGUGGUUUAUAGCCAGGCACGUAUUUUACCUUAUGACAUGCUAUAGCAUUUACAAGGAUGUGCCUGAGAUAAUCACAUGGGGCUGCUGGCAUGGACCUAAUUCGAAUCUAACCGGGCCGUUCCCCGUCCCUGAUGGGUGGGGUCACUAUCUAGAGCCAUUUAAUGACUCUGAGGGCACGGUCUGUUUCAAUAGCUCAGUCCAGUGGGGAUUCCUAUAUUGCUUGCUUGGUCUCCAAGUACUCACCAUAUUCUGGUUCUUCAUGAUUGUCAAUGUCGCCAUCCGGGUGGUUAGGGGGGAUGGCGCCGAUGACACUAGGAGUGAUGACGAAAGGGAUGAGAAGGAGGAAGAGACCGAAUACGAAGAGGCGCAACCUCUCGAAGAAGAAGUCGGCGUGGAGGCUAUUGAUUUAAAAGGAUGGGAGCGUCGGACAGGCGUUAAAAGAGGCGCAAGUUCUUCUGGUGUCAGUUUACCCGGCCAUAGCGAUCGUAAGGAGUUGCUCGGUCGCAUCGGCUGCGAGAAGCAGGUUGACUGAUACAUCAGCGCAAUAAAGUGUAUCGCGGUACACGGACAUGGUAAAUGGCAGGUCCCUUUGCGUCUGGCGGCCACUAGAGAUAUCAUGUGCGCUGAUAAGGAGUGCCACGCUUGGAGGUGCCCGGGGAGUUAAGAGUUAAGGGGCAGGAAAGUUAAGCGUGGCAAUCUUGAUUUUGUUUUGUUCAUAUGGGUUGAUCUGGGAGCGGUACCCUAUGCGCUAUUUUACUGCGCCGAGGACAGUUGGAGGACCAUCUGCUCUAUCUCGGCAUAUAUAGAAACUGAAUUCAGUACUUAUACCCCAUCGCUCCGUUUUAGCUCAGCUCGUGAGAUACACAGUAUUGGUUGAUGGAAAGGAAAUGCUUAUAUGUCGUACCACGAACAUUCGUGAUAUCCAAUCCUCUGGGGAGGCUUGCUGUCAGAAAUUAGGUUAGGUACCUGUGUUCGUAACGUGUAUAUUUACAUCCAUCUACUCCCGUAUUUAACAUUACCCCAGCUACUUGUAUAGAGGUG